GUGCGCGGCCCCGAGGCUUCGGCGCGCUCUCGGCCCGCGCGCCAUCUUGUCUUCAGGUAGAGUUUGAGUCGUGCGCGGCAGCGGCGUGGGCAGUGAAAUCCAGACACUCAGCAAACAGAAUGGAGCACUACCGGAAAGCUGGCUCUGUGGAACUCCCAGCACCCUCUCCGAUGCCCCAGCUUCCUCCUGAUACCUUGGAGAUGCGUGUCCGAGAUGGCAGCAAAAUCCGCAACCUGCUGGGGCUGGUGCUGGGUCGUUUGGAGGGCGGCAGUGCAAGGCAUGUGGUGUUCUCAGGUUCUGGCCGGGCUGCAGGGAAGGCUGUCAGCUGUGCUGAGAUUGUCAAGCGGCGGGUACCAGGCCUCCACCAGCUUACCAAGCUGCACUUCCUUCAGACAGAGGACAGCUGGGUGCCAGCCUCACCUGACACAGGCCUAGAUCCCCUCACGGUGCGCCGCCAUGUGCCUGCAGUGUGGGUACUGCUCAGCCGGGAUCCCUUGGACCCCAAUGAGUGUGGCUACCAGCCUCCAGGGGCACCCCCUGGCCUGGGCCCCACACCUAGCUCCAGCUGUGGUCCCCGACCCCGAAGAAGGGCCAGAGACAUGCGGUCCUGAGGACUGACUAAGCAACCUGUUCUUCAGGCAUGAAUGUCUAGAAUGACUGUGCCUUCUUUCAGAGGCCUCUGUAACUGCUCAGCAUCCCAGCAAGACUUGAAUCUAUUGCUUCUCCUUCUCUGGUGUGUGGAAAGGGACUGCUGUGAAGAGUGAUAAGUGUGGGGUAUCUGCCAGGUUCUGGAUUGCUUAAGAAAGGCUUACUCUGCCUUUCACUUCCAGUGCCUCUGAUCUGCCUUCUAACAGAGGUUCAGGGAGUGAGUUAGGAAAUAAAGGUUCUGCCCAUUUGUCUGAUGA